AUGCUCUCACGUGUUGCUGCUGCUGUGAAGGCACCCCGCACACACAACCGUCGCCGCGUGACCGGAUCCAGCGGAAGGAGGAGGGAAGGAAGAGAGAGUGAGCCGCAGAGGCCCAACAUGUCCCGGCGUGUGUUUGCUUCCGCGGUGCUGCUUUUCCUCGUCGUGAUGAUGUGCUGCGGCAAUGGAGUUGCGCAAGGUGAUGGGCCACCGCUAUCUCAGGAACCUGUACCGAAGUCACCGUUUGGUUGGAGAGAUAAAACAGGUGAUGAAACAGUGAGUUCGCUUCGUGUUCCCAGUCUUGUUGAGGUGGAUGAUGGUCAAGUGUUUGCCGUUGGCGAGGCUCAGUGCACGAAGGGAGGCAGCGGUUUUACUGGGAUUGUCUCGGAGUUGUUGACAUUGACUGAUGAUAAGCCAAAAGAGGAGUUGGAUAAGAGUAACUUGAAGACACAAGUACCGGAGGGAUGUAUAUUUGAAGGAGGGAAAUGUCCUGCCGAUAAAGAAGAGAAAUGCGCCUGCCGUACAGCGGGUCAGGCUGUUUCCCAAAGCAAGACUAAAGUACAUGUGAGCCGACCAACAACAGUUGUGAAGGGAAGUGAUAUUUACAUGCUCGCUGGAAACUAUAGUUGGGCAUAUGCCGAAAAUGAUCUGGCAGUUGACUGGGGACUCAUGCUGGUGAAAGGACACGUCAGUGGUGAGAAUAAAAAAGGUAAAAGAAUUUAUUGGAACGAUACUUACGCCAUUCCGUGGACUUAUAAAGGCAACCAACACAGUAUCUUGAAGCGGCUGAUCGGUGGCGGUGGAUCGGGUGUUAAAAUGGAUGACGGUACGCUUGUGUUCCCAUUGGAAGGCACGACGAAGGAGGCCGACACCGAAGAGGGUGGAAAGCCCGUUUCGCUGAUUAUAUCCUCCUCGGAUAAUAUAAAUUGGAAGCUGUCGAAGGGGAUGUCUGACGGUGGCUGCAGUGUUCCCUCCGUCGUGGAAUGGAAGGACAAAAAACUCAUCAUGAUGACUGCAUGUGAUGAUGGCCGCCGCAGGGUGUACGAGUCCGGUGACAAGGGGGAUUCGUGGACGGAGGCACUCGGGACACUCUCGCGCGUGUGGGGCAACAAAAAGGGCGCAAAGGCCGUUAGAAGCGGGUUCAUCACAGCGACUAUUGACGCCGUUGAUAAUGAUAAUAGGAAUGUGAUGCUCCUUACUCUGCCGGUGUAUUCCGAGGAAAAUGUGGAAAAGGGUGAACUCCAUCUUUGGCUGACGGACAAUACGCACAUUGUUGAUAUUGGGCCGGUAUCCGGUGUUGAUGACGCUGCCGCCAGCUCCCUGUUGUACAAAAGUGCUGGAAGUGGAGAUACUAAUAAAGGGGAGUUGAUUGCACUGUACGAGAAGAAGAAGGACGGGGAAAAACCAUCACCCGGUAUGGUGUCUGUGCUUCUGACUGAGCAGCUGCAGCGGGUGAAGGAGGUGCUGACGAAGUGGAAGGAAGUGGACGAACGUGUCUCUAAGCUGUGCCCUUCUAAAAGUGAUGUGGGGAGUAAAUCAGCUGGCAAUGCCUGCAGCACUACUGUUAAGAUCACGGAUGGGCUGGUUGGCUUUUUGUCCGGCGACUUCUCUGAUAACACAUGGAGGGACGAGUACCUCGGGGUGAACGCCACAGUGAAGAACAAUGAUGAAGGGGGUAAGAAGGCAACAUUGCAUGAAGGCAGUGUGAAGUUCCAGGGAGCGUGGGCGGAGUGGCCCGUUGGCAGUCAGGGGGAGAAUCAGCUGUACCACUUUGCGAACUACAACUUCACUCUUGUGGCCACGGUGUCCAUUCACGAGGUGCCGGAGGAAGGUAACUCCAUUCCUUUGAUGGGUGUGCGUCUUGACGGUGGUGAAAAAGGGCUUAUGGAGUUGUCAUACGACAGCGAAAAGAAGUGGCGGGUGCUGUGCUCUGACGGAACAACCAAGAAGCUAAAAAGCACUUGGGAUCCAGAAACACAGUACCAGGUGGCCAUUGUGCUACGGAACGGCACCCAGGGCUCUGCGUACGUUGAUGGUCAGCGUGUGUGUGGAAAUGUGCAACGUGAAUUGGAAACCACAAAAUCGAAGGCGAUAUCACACUUCUACAUUGGAGGGGACGGAGGCAGCGCAGAGGGCCAAGAAGACGUGGCUGUGACUGUGACGAACGUCCUGCUGUACAACCGCCCGUUUUCAUUUUCAGGUGAGAAUGCCGAUGUGGAAGAAGAUGCCGAUUCAUCAUCGGAAGAUCCGGAAUCAGUGGAAGCCAAUUCUCCAUCCGUGGAAGGGGAACAAAUUGUGGACCUCCCUGCAACGAAACCUUCUGAAGCUCCAGAGGAACAAGCGGCCUUGCGACGGCCUCGAAAAGAAAGUGAAGCACAGCAAAUAACAACGGAGGGGAAGCCUGCCACCACACAGCAAGUGCCCACGGCUUCGAACUCCCAUGCCGUUGGAGGAGAAGCGGGUGAUGCUGGCAAUGUUUACAGAAGCGGGCUGCUGCCGCUGCUUCUGUUGGGAUUGUGGGGGUUUACGGCUCUGUGA